AGAAGGAACUACAUUUCCCAGGCUGCACUGCAGCUUGCUUCGCUAGCGUAGCAUUAAUCUUGAAGUCUCGGCCUGCAGGGAGCGUUGUAUCCUGAAGGUUAGCGUUUGAGCAGCGAAAGUGGACAGGACGGGGGGUAUGUGAACUCCCCCCCUCCUCCACCACUGGCUAUGAUAGCAACCCAAGUAGCCAAGCAUAGCUCUAUUGAAGUAAGAUGAUUCUGAUGUCAUACAAAACAUGAAUAUCUGGAUUGUUUUUAUGUUUGUCAGGUUCAACUCCAGCCAUGGUUUCCCAGUGGAGGUUGAUUCAGACACCAGCAUCUUCCAGCUCAAGGAGGUGGUUGCUAAGCGACAGGGAGUUCCAGCUGACCAGUUGCGUGUGAUUUUUGCAGGGAAGGAGCUUAGGAAUGACUUGACACUGCAGACAUGUGACCUGCCCCAGCAUAGUACUGUUCACAUUGUUCAAAAUCGAUUGAAAAAUGAUCAGAAAUGGGAAAAGUCUGAAAUGGAAAAUGUUUGUGGUAUUCCAAUAAGUGAGGAAAGGAAAGGUGAAAGCCUGACUCGUAUGGAUCUCAAUACCAACCUUCUGCCUUCUAACUCAGCUGGACUUGCUGUAAUUUUGGACACCGUGAAUAGCAGCAGUUCCUCGCUAUCUGACAAUUCAGGUGCUAGCAGUCACAACAGUUUUUAUGUUUUCUGCAAAAGUUUCUGCCAAGCUGUGAAACCUGGAAAACUUCGGGUCCGUUGCAAAACGUGCAAGGAAGGAACACUGACUCUGGCAAGGGUCAACCCAUCUUCUGAGCAAGUUAAACAAUCCUCCUGUCUUAUGCCAAUUCCCCACAAAAAGGGUCCAUCUUGCUGGGAAGAUGUUCUGGUUCCAAACCAAAUAACUGGUAUUUGCCAGUCCCGAAAUUGCAAUGGCGAAGUUGCGGAAUUCUACUUUAAAUGUGGAGCACACCCAACCUCUGACAGUGAGACAUCUGUGGCACUGAACCUCAUUACAACAAAUAGUCGGUGCAUCUCAUGUAUAACCUGUACAGAUGUUAGGAGUCCCGUGUUGGUAUUCCAGUGCAUACAUCGCCAUGUCAUUUGCCUGGACUGUUUUCAUUUAUACUGUGUGACUAUGCUGAACGAUCGCCAGUUUGUCCAUGACCCUGUCCUUGGCUACUCCCUCCCUUGUGUGGCUGGCUGUCCGGAUUCCUUGAUUAAAGAGCUGCAUCACUUCAGAAUUCUGGGCGAGGAGCAGUACAAUCGCUACCAGCACUAUGGUGCAGAAGAAUGUGUUUUGCAGAUGGGUGGUGUACUGUGCCCCACCCCAGGAUGUGGAGCUGGCCUGCUUCCUGAAUCCGAAGUGAGAAAAAUCGUGUGUGAGCUGAGCAACGGAAUGGGCUGUGGGUUUGUGUUCUGCCGUGAAUGUAAAGAAGAAUAUCAUGAUGGGGAAUGUAACACUCUCCUCAGAACUCAAGGAGCUACCGCCCAGAAGGGAUAUGAGGUGGAUGCGCAUGCAGCCAUACAGGCCCGAUGGGAAGAGGAAUCCAAAGAAACAAUCAAAAGAACAACCAAACCAUGCCCUAGCUGCCAUGUUCCAGUAGAAAAAGAUGGUGGCUGCAUGCAUAUGAAGUGUCCUCGACCUCAGUGCAAGUUUGAGUGGUGUUGGAACUGUGGCCUAGAAUGGAACAGGACCUGCAUGGGAGAUCAUUGGUUUGACUGAUCACCAGGCAGCACUGUGAACAGUCAACAGCAUUUGGCAAUGUAUAGUGCUACAGAAUGCAAAGGCAUAUACACAACUACUUCCUUCAGGAUGUAUUCUUGAACUCCUUGCUCAGGGUGUGAAAUCUUCAUUAGUCCCAGAUUAAGUUGUUCAAGAUGUGAACUACUCUUUCUUUGUUUCCUAGGUAGCAGAUCAAAUCAUCAAUAUGUAUUCAGGUCCUUAUGCUUCCUAACUUCCCAAUGAAAAAUUUAAGAAAAAAUCAGAAAGGUCAGGCUAUCAUUUGCUGGGCUGCAUACCCCUCCUUCCACGAGCACACCCUAAUGCUAUUCAUCCUUUGAGAAAAUGAGUAAUGAUACUGGUGCCACAACUUAUCUUUAGUCUUUGAUAUAUGGCUGGAUCUUUGUAAGCACUUUAUUGGGCAAACGUCACAAAUAUGCAGAAGCUGUUUUGGUUACUGUGGAGUUACAUCAACUAGCAACUCAGUUUGUGGCUGAGCUUAGCUUUUCACAACUUCUGUUCCAAAAGUGAAGACUUUUCAUACCUUUACAGUAGUUUGGUCUCUUCCCAGACAAUUACCAUAUGCAACCCUCAUUCAUGAUAGAAACUGCAGGUGUCACUUUUGUGUGCCCAUAUAGCAUGAUUUCCCAUGCCUGCAAUGUAAAGUUAGGCAGACAAUACUGCAGGAGUUAUAUCUGGAAAUGUAAUUUAUUUUCAACAGUAAUUUCUGACAUGGCUUUGGGGAAGUUGUUUCUUAAAUGCAGACAGCUAUGUGCAGACAUUACCCUCUACUAAGUUUAGACUGCUCUUAAGAUAUUUAAAGGCAAUCAUUCUUUGAAAAACAAGGAGAGGGCAGGCUCCCACACAAAUAAUGCCAUCACAAGACAGGAGCAGGUUGCUUCACCAUUUGCUUCCAUUGCAGUUCAGCCCUGGAUAAACAGUGAAGCAUUCAGGUCAGUUUACCAAUUCGCCAUCUGCAACAAGAAUUGACUGGAGCUGGAUACUGACAGACAGCAAAGUCCAUAUGAACUGACUUUCAUUUGGUCCUGAACAGUUAUUCCAAGUACAGAUAAUGCAACUGCCCAAACAACUCAGUGGCGACUUUGUGUUUAUAAAAAAUCAGACCUUUAAGUUGCUAAUGUUGUUCUGUGUCUUUUCUCCUUGUCAGGUUUAUUUCCAGUCUCUGAGCCCAGCAAGAAAAAAAGUGGUUAGGGAGAAGCAGUGGACAGAGAGGAAGGCGUCGGCACUUCACUCUGCACACUGCUGCUGUGCUUGAAAUCACCCCUCACUCACACACACACACACACAUACAUACACGGUACAGCUGCUUAGCAUGACCCGUUUGCUUUGAAGACUGGAGUCUGUUGCCGUCAUAUCUAGUUCAGCUCAUCUGCUUUAAAGUGUGUAACUUUGCCCUUAGACUGCAUGAGAGCAAUCAAGUGAUGAAACCUUAAAACAUCUCCUGCUGUAAGCUUGUUCUCCUGUGGUGCCUUUGGCUGCUCUGGUUUCUAGGGACGAUUGCCCCUUUGAAGAAACCCAUUCAGGCAUUCAGUUGUCUGUAACUAUAGGCUGUGACUAUAGGCUGGGUAGUGCAGAGGGAAGAAGCAGGAGACAUGGAGAGUGUGCCUCAUGAGAGACAGAACCGAGGAGGAAAUCAAUCGACCAAAACCUGGAAAAGGAAAUUAGGGGAAACAGUGUGAAGGAGCCCCAAGGACAAAAAGAAAAAAAGUAUAUUAUUUUUCAAGAGGUUGGAGAUUUAUGACAAAAUACACUAGGAAGUGUUCUUGCAUACUUCCCCAUUCAUUUUACUUUGGUUUGAUUGGGUAACUUCCCACUGGAUUGUGCCUCCAAAGCAUACAUGGAGUUAAGCCAUUUAUUGCUAUCAUGGCGAAUGCUUCUCAUAUUAUUAAGCCCCAGGAAUGCACCUACAACUUUGAUCUGGGAAGUGGUUCUACGGUGCAGUAUGGUACAAUUAAAUAUUAUCAUCCCAAUAGCAACCCCACUGUACUGUUCAGCAUUUUAUUUCAUGCACUAGAACAUACUAAGGUUGUUUACACAGCCAGCCUUACCCAGGCUUGGACAGCCUUACCUGGGUAGAACAGGUCAUGUGGAGUGCCACGAUCGAUCCUGAUUCUGGCACUCUGCACCAGGAUAGUUCGGUUUUGUACCUGGGCUAAUAGUGAGGUAGAAUAGUGCGCCCUUUCACCCCACUCCCUGGUCAUGUGGCUGCUUGGGCUGCCUGAAGCCUGGGCAGCCACAGAGCUAGGUAGCAGGAGCAUCCAGAAGCAGGGGAAUCCCCCCACACACACACUCUGGGCACAAUGUAUUGUGGGAUGCUGGACAACUUCAUCCCCGAGCUCUGAACUCCAUCUCCCAGCUCUGCCACUCACAAUGGUGCCACUCGUGUGGGUGUGUGAGCGGCAGAGAGACAGGGAGUGACAUGAUCAUGUGCAAGGAAACAGGUAAGAGAUUGCCUCCCCAGGCUUGGAUAAGGAGUCAUGUGGACAACCUUACUUUGUUGUUUAGAAGAUAUUAAAUAGUAGCAAUGGAUAAUCAUAUAGGGUAUAUUCUGAAUUGCUCGUGAAUUAAUGGGCAAGCACCAGCAGUCAUACAUGCUGCUAAAGCUUUAAUCCAGUCCUGCAAUAUUAUCCCUGUGUUGGGGACACACACCCCUGACCCCAACAUUAAACUCAGAGCCACCAACCCAGAAUUAUAUGGAACUCAGGCCUGUGUCUGAUUCCAUUUUAUAAGAGUUCAAUUAAAUGCCCGAACUCAAGGUGAACUGACACCUAGGUUUCUUGCCUGCCUUAUGUACUGCUCUAUGAAGGAGCAUGCAAUCCAGCAUUGUAUUGUGAAAUGGGCACUCACAGAAACACAAGGGCUAGGCCUGAGCUAAUCAAUAUGCUAAAAUGUAACUCACUAUCAGAUAAUGUCUGUGGAAGAGGCCAGGGGCUGAUCUCCCCUUUCCUGUUGCAAGAAGUUUAUGUUAAUCUUUGUCAAUGAUUGACUCAAUUGCUCUCUAUAGAAAUUCAACAUAGGUAAAUGCACACAAAUAAAACACCUAUAGACUUUAAUUCUUACUUUCCUAACACAUUAACACCUUUUGGGAUCAGGCUAGCAAAUCUGGGACAAGGGAAGAUGCCCAUUUGCAGUUCAGAGAUGCAGAUUUGCUUUGGGCAAUGUUCCCCACCCCCUUCCUAAGCUCACACCUUACAGAAGAUGGGAUUCAGAUCUCUCUGGACUGGCCAAUAUCCUGAAUAAUUAAAAGACAUUAUCCAGAAGACUCAAAUGAACAUCAAAGGAUGGCACCACUAUAAGAAGGAGUCUCUGGACAUGGCAGAUAGGCAGUCUUGUGCCUACAGGCAGUCUGGUGCCUACAAGCAAUCUUGUGCCUACAAGCAAGAUCUGCUCACGGGCAAUCCAAGGGUUUGCUGCCCAAGCCGCGGGGCUAGAGGCAGGAACUCUUUCCAUGGGAGAAGGGACUGUUUGUGACUUCUGCUGCGAAGUGAGAAGUCAAGACUUCCUCAGCCAUGGUGCUCUGACUCUCAGCCGUGCUCUGAGCAAACUGCAUGUUUGAUCUAAAAGCUCCUGUCUGCAGCCAAAAGCUUCUCUCCUUCCGCUGAAAGAUCCACCGUUCUCAAGCCUCUGAUCCUGGUAAUAUGCCACCCCACAAGCCUUGGAUCCCUACUUUCCUCCUCCUUAUUAAUCACUGUUACACCCUUCCUGAGCCUCCCCCCCCCUUCUUCCUUCUCUGCUUCUCUCUAAAUGUUUUAUUUAGGAUUUGUUAGAUUAUUAGAUAGCUGUAAUUACUGAUUGCACACACAUAUGUUAGUUAGGCACAUUACACUACACCUUGAAUCGGAAACAUGUUUUUAAUAUGGAUUAUUUUAUCCUGAUGAGCAACUUUUUAUAAUAAAGCCCAUUGAACUUUCUGACUGUGUCUCUAUCUCUGUUUGCGCGCCCAGAUCCUACAUGGUCUCCAUCUCCAAGAAUCAAUUCAAUUUGUGUAUGAUGUGACUUUGCCUCUUUCCCUCUGAGCAUGUACAGAGUGCGAAACCAGGUAUAGUUCACAACACCUGCCUGGUUGUAUUUCAAAUUACAGACAGUGGAACUGAUUUUUAUUUACAGUAACAACCCUGUGCAAUCCUAAUGCAGAUCACAACUCUUUUACUAUAACAGAGCCAUCAGUGCAUGUUAUACUUUAAAAGAAAAUUAUUAUAAGAUGAUGUACAGGUGGUAUUUGACACCCAAAAAAUUAGCAUUAAUGUAUAAAAAUGUUCCAAACAAAUGUUGGAAAUGUGGACACUGUGAAGGAACUUUUUUUCAUAUGUGGUGGUCUUGCAGGAAGGCAAAGGCCUUUUGGGAUAUGAUAUAUAAUGAGUUGAAGAAAAGUUUUUAAAUGACAUUUCCUAAGAAACCAGAAUCCUUCCUGCUGGGAAUAAUGCAAGGAGAGUUUUCCAGAAGAAAUUUAACAUUUUUUAUGUAUGCAACCACGGCGGCCAGAAUAGUAUAUGCACAGAAAUGGAAGGACAAUGAAAUGCCCUCAAAAGAAGAUUGGCUGAUAAAAAUUUUGGAAUAUGCUGAGAUGGCAAAACUUACAGUACUGAUAAGGGAUGAAAACUUGGAAUGUUUUAAAGAAGAUUGGAAACCAUUCUUAUUAAACUUAAAGAACUAUUUUUCUAAUACUGAUUUUUCAGCAGGGUUUGAAAUUUAGUAAUAAUAGCAGGUCGGGUAGAGUAAAAUCGAGUUUGUAAUGUGUAGGAUAUAUGCUUUGAAUUAUUGUAGCAAUGGUUGAUUUGUAUAGUUAAUGAAUCGAACAGUUGGUGAGUGAGAAGUCAAUAUUUACUUACUUAGAUGUAAUGGGAUUGUUAUGAUAUUGUAAAAACCAAUAAAAUUUUAAAAAGCGAUAACAGAGCCAUCAGUUACAUAGGGACUUCCUUGUAAAUAAGAAUCCAGCUGAAGGUUGUGUGUAUGCAUGCACAUGUGUGUAUGUGUUUGUGUGUACAGAAGUGCUAACUGUUAAGAAAACCAAGGGUGGAGGAUUUAAAUAAAGCCCACUGAAUGUCUGUAGAUUGCAUGUAUUCCUGUUUCACAUUUGGAAUAUAUACAACAGGCCUGUAAUAUGAAAUAUUAAUAAAGUCUUUUGAACCGUU